AUGCUGCUCGCCCUGUACAUUUGUUUCCUCUGGCUGUCUACCAGUGGCCUCUGGACUGUCCAGGCUAAGGAGCCUGAUGUUGACAUAAGCAUAAGGAGCCACCACCGGGACCUGGCUCCAAACAAUGUUGACUUUGCCUUUGGCCUGUAUAAGCACCUAGUGGCCUCAACUCCUGGCAAGAACAUCUUCAUCUCUCCCGUCAGCAUUUCCAUGGCCUUGGCUCUGCUUUCCCUGGGUGCCCACGGGUACACAAGAGCCCAGCUUCUCCAGGGCCUGGGCUUCAAUCUCACUGAGACAUCAGAAGCCAAGAUCCACCAGGGCUUCUGGUACCUCCAACGCCUCCUCAGGGAGUCAGGCACCACCUUGGAAAUGACCAUGGGCAAUGCCUUGUUCCUCAACCAGAGCCUGGAGCUUCUAGAGUCAUUCUCAGAAGACACGAAGCAUUACUAUGAGUUGGACGCCUUGGCUAUAGAUUUCCAGGACUGGGCCAGAGCCAGUAAGCAAAUCAAUGAAUAUAUCAAGAAUAAGACACAAGGGAAAAUCGUGGACUUAUUCUCAGAGUUGGAUAGCCCAGCCACGUUUAUCCUGGUCAACUACAUCUUCUUCAAAGGUACCUGGGCACACCCCUUUGACCUGGAAAGCACCAGAGAGGAGAACUUCUAUGUGAACGAAACAACCCUGGUGAAGGUGCCUAUGAUGUUCCAGUCGAAUGAGAUCAAGUACUUUAAUGACUCAGUGCUCUCCUGCCAGCUGGUGCAGCUGGACUACAUGGGCAACGGGACAGUCUUCUUCAUCCUUCCGGACAAGGGGAAGAUAGACACGGUCAUCACUGCACUAAGCCGGGACACCAUUCAGAGGUGGUCUGAAUCCCUGACCAGUGGCCCAGUAGACCUGUACAUCCCAAAGGUCUCCAUCUCUGAAGCCUAUGACCUUGGGGGCCUUCUGGAGGACAUGGGAAUUGCAGACUUGCACAAUAGCCAUGCAAAUUUCUCAGGCAUCACCCAAGAGGCCCAGCUGAAGAUGUCCAAGGUGGUCCAUAAGACCAUGCUGCAAUUUGAUGAGAAGGGUAUGAAGGAAGCUGCUCCCAUUGAAGUCACCCAAAACAUGGCACCUGAGCCUCUCACCCUUCGCUUCAACCAGCCCUUCAUUGUCAUGAUCUUCGACAACUUCACAUGGAGCAGCCUUUUCCUGGUCAAGAUUGUGAAUCCAGCCUAAGGGUCUAUCCUCCGAAGAGCCACAGCACAGUCUGACUCUAGGCAUCAAGGACUCCACAGAAAUGAUGCA